UAAACAAGACUUUCAAUGAAAUUCUGUCGUCAUAUUACUUCGCUGAUAAAAAUCGAGGCUAUUUUAUUAUCGUUUUGAUUGAUAUUCUGACCACAGUGCCUCUGAUUCACACAGACCAUCAUGACUAUAGUGAAGACUUUUGACGUCAGAUGUGGGAUUCGUCGGCACGUCCAAUGGGGGUAGAUAUUAACCGAGUAGCGGUCCCUGCCAACUGCCAACAAUAUUAGCAAUGUUAGCCAAGGAGUAAUGCGCAUUUCCCAAGGACUCUACGAUUGAAAAUUAAAAAUCUACCCAACGGCGUGCAGAAAAUAAGAAGACAAGCAACUGGUAAUUUUAAUCUCUCACCCCUUUAUAUGUCUCCUAUCUGCAUCUCGCGCUGCUUAAGUGCCUGUCACGGUUUGUGCUUAUCUUUUUUUCUUCAGAGCAUCGCAGCUUGAUGCAACCGAGCUAUGAUUCACUCUUUCGCUGCGGCAAUGAGCAACCCAAUCCAAAACACAUCUUCCUUCACCUCUGGAACCUGGAAUCUCCUAGACCCGCGAAACUCAUCACCUGUCCGGAUACCCGAGCAGCAACCGAUCGCUGUUAGCCCCUGGGACAUUGCGUUCUGUGUGACAGGGACACUAAUCUCCUGUGAAAAUGCCAUCGUGAUUGCAAUCCUAUUUUACACGCCCACCCUGCGUGCGCCUAUGUACAUACUCAUAGGAAGCCUCGCCUUCGCGGACACGUUAGCUGGGCUUGGUCUUAUACUUAAUUUCAUCUUCACAUACAUGCUGAAUACGGAAUUCGUUACUCUGAUCUCCGUUGGACUGCUCAUCUCCGCCUUCUCCGCCUCCGUACUUAACAUCCUGGCUAUCACCGUGGACAGGUACCUCUCUCUAUACAACGCACUGACCUACCACACGGAGCGAGCUGUGACUUUCACCUACGUCAUCGUGGCGCUCAUCUGGUUCGUCUGCAUAGCGCUGGGUUUGCUGCCCCUGUUGGGCUGGAACUGCCUGCGAGACGAGUCCUCCUGCAGCAUUUGUCGGCCGGUCACCAAGAACAACGCCGUCGCACUGGCGGUAACUUUCCUGCUCAUCUUCGCGCUCAUGAUGCAGCUGUACUUACAGAUCUGCAAGAUAGCUUUCCGCCACGCCCAGCAGAUCGCCGUGCAGCACCACUUCAUGGCCAUAUCCACUACUAAAGGCGUGUCGACCCUUUCUGCCAUACUCUGUACGUUUGCCAUCUGCUGGAUCCCCUUCGCCAUGUACUCGAUCGUGGCGGACUCUAGCUAUCCAAUUAUAUACACGUACGCCACAGUCCUCCCUGCCACCUGCAACUCAGUCAUCAAUCCCAUUAUUUACGCCUACAGAAACCCCGACAUUCAGAAGUCCUUGUGGCUGGCUUGCUGUGGAUGUAUCCCCACAAACUUCUCUCUAAGGCCAAGGACGUCAAGUGACGUAUAGUCUCAGUAUAAGUGAUAAUUAUUGCCAGCCAUAUUCUCGGUGUUUUAUUUGGUCGACAUGCACACUUGUAUUACGUAUACGUUUUGGUCGGUGUAAAUUUGACUAAUAUUUGCGUAACCAUGAGAAAGCGUGAAUAACUGACUACUCUACUCUAGUUGCCUGCAAGUCGAUUCUGAUCACAGGUUAUCGGGAUCUAAAUACACAGCCACAUGUGUAUGACCAUUCGGUUUUUAUAGACCUAUGUGGAUAUAUGCGAAGUCGAGGUAUGAACUGUGAAAUUUGGCCGGGAUGUAGGUCCUUCGAGUCGCGCAAAGAGACACGUGAAACGCUGGAUACGGGCACUAGGCAGGCCAGUCUUUAAAGACCUCGUUUGUGUAAGUCUGUACGAAUGCAUCAAGGUAACCAUAAAUGUCAUAAUUAGAAAAAAUGACCAAACUCUCAGUACCAAAAACAUUUAUGUAGGGUAAUGUGUUAAAUACCCUGCAAGAGGUUUUCACAGAAAGCAGCAAGUUAAGUUUAAGAUACUCCUGCCUUAGCCGCGAAACUGUAUUAAUCUGAUCGACAAUUACGUCAGUGUCGUUCCAAAAAAUUGUAUGUUUAAAAUGACGUGCAAUGAGGUAAUUUCACGUCAAUGCGUAAUCCAGUUUAUGCUCUAUUAAGUAAGACUAUUAUCGUGCCAAGGAAUUUUCUCCUUGGUCAUUUGGCAUUUCGAAUUAUUAAAUGCACCCGUUGAAAUGAAGUUUAAGGCACACAAACUAAAUGGAAAAGAAUGGUGGAUUUGACUUGAGAUUUAUUAAUGACUUAUUAAUGACAUUGGCUUUCACGUUUAAAAUGGCCAAACAUUAGAAUGAAAAUAGCAUGCGCACUUCCUCUUUUUCUUUGUACUGUAUAGGCAUGCAAAGAUAAACGUGGAGGAAGCAGAACUAAGAUAAGAGAUAAGAGCCGCAAAAGCACAGCCGCAAAACGGCAUCGCAUCAGCACCAUGGACAGCAGUAGACAUGCUUUUCGAAAUGGUGAGACUUUCGGUGAUUCGAUGUAGGCAUAGAUACACCAUUAAGGAAUGAUGCAACCAAGAUCGCACAAAUUGACAGACGUCUAGGGUUGAGGUUGACGUAAAGUUGUCGGGUCAAUUUUGUCAACAAAUGCCUUCAUGCGGUGUCACUUUAAUUCUUCUAUGAGAAGAUGUUUAAAUUUGGUUUUCGAAACCAUAAUGGCGCUUAAUUUAUUUAGGGUUAAGGGAGACAGUAGAAAAUGUGUAGAAAAUAUCCUAUAGACCUAUAUAGGUAACACUGAAUACUGUUUUUUAGCAGUAGGCGAUUUGGUCAAAUGUGAAAUGGUGAAUAAAUUUUAUGCAGUACUAAUAUAAAAAUUAGGCCUAGUUCAUAUAUAUAUAUACUGAUACAGUGUAUUUUUUCAUAUGACUCGGCUUCUCCCUAUGCCAGUCAUUUGGUAAGGGAAUAGACCAUGACACAAUGACAUAAAGGCAACGACAGCAAAAUAUUUUCUUACGAAAUCUAACUUCUAAAAUCCUGUAAGGCAUUUUGGCACAAGCGCAAUUUAACCACUUAACAAAGAAACAGAAUACAGUGAAUACGAUAUCUGAACAUGAUAUCUCCGUAUCUGAAAACCGUUUUGUUCAAUUUGUUAAUUCUUCUGCCUCUGGCCAUAACCCCCACCCACCCAUAAUUAGAAAAUCAGCCUCAGUAAAUCGCGGCG